UCUCUGGUGGUUUGUGAUGUUGCUGAAGACCUGGUGGAGAAACUGAGAAAAUUCCGGUUUCGUAAAGAGACCAACAAUGCUGCCAUUAUAAUGAAAAUCGACAAGGAUAAGCAGUUGGUGGUGCUGGAUGAGGAGCAUGAGGGCAUUUCUCCCGAUGAGCUAAAAGAUGAGCUGCCCGAGAGACAACCUCGAUUUAUUGUGUAUAGUUACAAGUAUCAGCAUGAUGAUGGAAGAGUUUCUUAUCCAUUGUGCUUUAUCUUCUCCAGUCCAGUUGGAUGUAAGCCUGAACAGCAGAUGAUGUAUGCUGGAAGCAAGAACAAGCUUGUACAGACAGCUGAGCUCACGAAGGUAUUUGAGAUAAGAAAUACAGAAGACCUAACUGAAGACUGGCUGCGUGAGAAACUGGGCUUCUUCCACUAAGAAAACCUCUGUGCUAAGUAUUUAUGUACCUCCUGAUGAUACUGGAACCAGACAUGAAUACUUGGGUCUGAGAAAUGCACUGUAUUUACAGCUCUCUCCUGCAGUGUCUUGUGCAAAGCCUGCAUCAAGAACAGCAGGUCUGUCUCCUCGAAGUAACAAAUCUUUGCAGGUGUUUCCUUAUUUGUACCUGUUAAAGGGGAAUACUCCUCUGCAGGGACUCCUUUUGCACUCUUGUGACUAAUAUUUCUAUAAAAUAGUUCAGUUCUGGAUUUGUAACUCUCUCUGAAGGUAAUUUGGAAGCUGACGCUAACUCUUUCUGAGCUA